ACAUCAAACGAGACUAAAAUGGCGAGCAAGGCAGGGAGAGCUGGAUCAGAAUGGAUCAAGUAUUUCUGCAGCACUCAUUUUUGGGGUCCAGUUGCCAACUGGGGGAUUCCAUUGGCAGCAAUAGCAGAUGUCGGUAGGACACCAGAAAUUAUAAGUGGGAAAAUGACAACAGCUUUAUUCAUCUAUUCUGCACUCUUCAUGAGAUUUGCUUGGAAGGUUCAACCAAGGAAUUUGUUGUUAUUUGCCUGCCACUUUACAAAUGAUUGUGCUCAGUUGACUCAGGGAGGCAGAUUUAUAAACUAUCAUUAUAUCAUGACAGAUGAAGAAAGAGAAGAAUAUCUGUUAAAAUUACACCCAGAAAAGGAAAAGGUCAAGGAAGAAAAGGAAACAAGCAGCAAUAAAGAAGACACUGGUGUAUAACAGUUCCUUAGUUUUAUAUAGGCUACUGUUUUAUGUGUAAUUAUGUAAUGAUAUUAACAAACAUGCAUGUUUAACUUCAGUGGUGUGUUAAGUUUUAUUUGUCAUAUUUAUGUGUGCAAAUAUAUAUAUGUUAAAACUUCAGAUUUCUAUAAUUAAGAAGAGGGUCCACUUUCAGAUUUGUUCACUUGUGAUGAUACAAAGUUGUGGUUUUAAGUUUUUGUGUCAUAAUAUUUGUAAAAGUUAGACAGAUGAUUUUUAGGAUUUUUAUCAUAAAUAAAAGUAUGAAGAUCAAGUAAAAGCUCUAAUGGUAAGACUUACAUCCAUGAAAAAAAGCAUAUUAUAGUGGAACGUUGAACGUUUGUUUUCAUCCAAGAAUAAUUGUAAAAUAUGAAUAUGCCCAUUGCAAAGAAAGAUAUUUGUGAAAGAAAAGAGGCGCAGUUUGCUAGCAAAACAUUUUAAUGAAACCCCUAUCCCUGUCAUGCAUUUUUAUAGCAUUAUUUUUUAGGGUAAAAUCAGUUUUGGGUUAUUAUUCCCAUCUCUGUUAAAUUAUUAAGGCUAUUCUUUAAGGUGCUGUUAAUUAGCUGAAGCAAUUUAUUUUUUAAUGUAUCUGUUUAUUUUUUAGGCCAACAUUCUGUUGAAACUUGGUACACAGUUGUUGAGAUUUGACCUUGGUGAAAGUUUUUAGGAAUGUCCCUGAUUUCAGGAUUUUUAGUCUUCAUUUUUUUUUUUUCUGAUAUGGUUUAAAUGCGAUUAGAGCAAGCUACUUAUUAAGGAUUUUCAGUU